AUGGCACUCCUGGACGCGGUCCUCUUCUUCUCCCUCUGGGCUUUUGGCCUUGGGCAAUUAAAGUUGGAGCAACCUGAAAUAUCAGUUACUGGAGCAAGAGAUAAGAGUGUAGUUAUAUCUUGCAAGGUGUCCUCUGCAGACUUUAGCAAUGAAUACAUCCACUGGUACCGGCAUAAACCAAAUCAGGCUAUAGAACAUCUAGCAUACGUCAAAACAGCCCCUGCUCGAAAUCACUUAGGAGGGAAGGAAAACAAGAUUGAGGCCAGAAAAGACAUCCCCACUUCCACUUCUACCUUGAAAAUAAGCUUCUUAGAGAAAGAAGAUGAGGCCACGUACUACUGUGCCAGCUGGUUUUAUGUCCACAGUAGCGUCAAAGUGUUUGGUUCUGGAACACAGCUCAUUGUUACAGAUAGAAGCCUUGAUGUAGACAUGUCUCCCAAGCCCACUAUAUUUCUUCCUUCGAUUGAUGAAAUAAACCUCCAUGAGGCUGGAACACAUCUUUGCCUUCUCGAGAAUUUCUUCCCUGACGUCAUUAAGGUCUAUUGGAAAGAAAAGAAUGGCAACAGAGUUCUGGAAUCCCAGCAGGGAAAUAUCAUCAAGACUAAUGAUACAUACAUGAAAUUCAGCUGGCUGACUGUGACUAAAAGGUCAAUGGAUAAUGAACACGUAUGUAUCAUCAAACACGAGAAUAAUAAAAGAGGAAUCGAUCAAGAGAUUCUUUUCCCUUCAAUUAACAAAGAGGUCACUACACAUGCCUGCGUGAAAAAAGGAAGUGAUUCCCUGAAGCUGCAGCUCAUAAACACCUGUGCCUGCUACACUUACCUCUUUCUCCUCCUCAAGAGCUCGGUCUACUUUGUCAUCAUCGCCUUCUGUGUGUGUAGGAGAACAGCCGUCUGCGGCCAUGGGAAGAGCUCGUGA